UCAUUUUAUCCUUCAACACCGAAAUUUCCAGAAUUUUAGUUAAUUUAGAGUUGCUUUUCUUUAGGCAAGAUGAGUUUCUUUAGGAUAUUGCAUUGUGGUUUUACACGUCAAACAGCCAUUCCAAAUGCACAUCAAUCAAAUUCUAAGCGCAAUACGAACACAUUUAAAUGUAGUGCCCCAGCAUAUGACACAAUCCGGACUCCAUUGGAGUUGGUUCUUUCCAAACAGAGUAACAAGUUUCUGGGCUUCACGUUGGAGGAACGCCAGCGUUUGGGCAUCCAUGGUCUUAUGCCGGCCUGUAUUCGCUCCGAUGAAGAACAGAUGCUGGCCAUCGAGUCGAACUUUUUGGCCUUCUCCGAUAAUGUCGCCAAGUAUCGGUACAUGAGGGCCUUGCGACUGGCUUACGAAAAGCUGUACUUCAAGUUCGUGGCUCGAAAUGUUAAGUUGGUGUUGCCUAUCAUCUACACGCCCACUGUGGGCGUGGCAUGCACUGUAUAUGGGAUGUUGUACCGCGGAGUUGUGGGCAUUCACAUCACGAAACACGAUCGCGGCCACAUGAAGCAGAUCCUGUUGAACUGGCCGACGCGGAGCAGCACCCAAGCCAUCUGUGUGACCGAUGGCGAACGCAUCCUGGGACUGGGCGACCUGGGAGCCAAUGGCAUGGGCAUAUCCGUGGGAAAAAUGGACCUGUACACAGCUUUGGCCGGCAUUCCACCCUCCAAGCUCAUGCCAGUUUGCCUGGAUGUGGGCACAAACAACAAGUCCCUCCACGAGGAUCCAUUGUACAUCGGGCUGCGCGAGGAGCGAUUGAAGGGCGACGAGUAUGUGUCCUUUGUCGAUGAGUUCAUGGAAUCAGUGGUGGAGACCUUCGGCAGACAGACACUCAUCCAUUUCGAGGACUUUGCCACGCCCAAUGCGUUCAUGUUUCUGAACAGAUAUCAGGACUGCUAUUGCCACUUCAACGACGACAUCCAGGGAACCGCUGCUGUGGGCCUGGGCGGAUUGCUGGGCAUUCAGCGGAUAACCAAGAAGCCACUGGAGGAGCACGUCAUCCUGUUCGCGGGAGCAGGCAGCGCUGCCAUGGGCAUCUCGAGUCUGCUUAAGGAGGAACUGCUGUCCAGGGGCCUCAGCGAAGUCGAGGCAGCCAAAAACAUUUACAUUUUUGACCAGGGCGGUGCCAUAACCAAGAAAAGAAAGGAUAUACCAGAAAAUAUUGUGAUUUUUGCAAAGGAAAUGUCGCCAAUUAAGUCGCUAGAGGAGCUAGUUGAGAAGAUCAAGCCCUCAAUUCUAAUAGGUGCCACGGGAACAGGAGGACUUUUCACAGAGAAAAUAAUACGCAGCAUGGCAGCGAAUCAUGAACGACCCGGAAUCUUUGCAUAUUCCAAUCCCACCUCCAAGUCCGAGUGUACCGCCGAACAGGCCUACAAAUUUUCAGAUGGAAGAGCUAUCUUUUCGUCUGGUUCCCCCUUUCCGCCAGUGGAAUUUAAUGGCAAGCGGCUGACUCCAGGCCAGGCUAACAACUGCUUUGCCUUUCCCGGUUUGGUUUUGGGCACAAUGACCGUCCAGGCCGAACGGAUGCCCAACGAGAUAUUCCUGCUGGCCGCCCACGAACUUGCCAAGUUUCCCACCGAUGAGGAUAUAAAUGGAGGACGCAUCUAUCCGCAGGUGGAGCAGGCCAUCGAAGUGGCCCUUAAAAUUGGCGUGGAAGUGGCAAAGUAUCUAAUAGAAAACGAUCUAGCUAAACGGGCUUUGGACCCCGAUGAAGUUCACGACUAUAUCUUAAGGCAUGCCUACCAACUGGAAUAUGGCAGCGCACUGGCCAAGACAUGGAAUUAUCCAGAGAUGAAGCCGCAUCCAAGUACGGCGGGUCUUCAAAAGGAACUUGAAAAGAAAAAGUAGGCG